UACGACCUUGCCGUGGACUGAAAUGCUUCAGAGAUAAUAUCAAAGUAUUUGGCAUAUAUGGAGAAUAAGUUGUGUAAUUAGUGAAACUGUGUUUUACAAGCGUAUUUGUAAAUACACCUUGAACAAAGAUUGUGACAGAAUGAAAACAGAGGAAGUAGGAUCUCCGCAGUUGACUUCCCCUAACAAGUUCGAAAGUCCCGGUUCUUCUAAAUUAAAGCUCAGCUCGUUUGGGAGGGCGCGCAAACCCAUUGGCAGAAACGUAACCUCAAUUCUUCUGCAGCAGCGUCAGAUGAUUCGCGUAAUAGAUAAUGACGUUGACGUCACGCCUAAGUUACUGACCCACCCGACGUUAAGUUCGAUCGACGAACGUCAGAUGACUGCGUUCGAAACGAUUGGAUUGUCACAGUCUGGCAGCGUCGGGCAAUUAAUGUCUUCCUUUUCCACUUUGAGCAAUCUAAAGAGAAGCUCUUCGAUGGUCGUAAGAACGUCUUCGGUACCUACGAGCUCGAUAAUAGCUGAUGACUCGCAAUUCGAGAGCUUCUGGGCCACUCAAACGGAAGAUUUACCCGUUGAUGACGUGGACAGAGCUCCUUCUCAAUUUUAUCUACCUAGUAUCGAUCCGAACAUUUUUCCCACUCGGCCGGAGACCGUGACGCUGACCAUGAAGGAGACAGAAACGUUUUUCAUUUUCGAGAUGCAACCGCGCACCGGCGAUUUAAGAACACCAGAAGGCAUGGCGAUUAAGGAAGAAAAUGAAAAUUACGAGUACAAAACAACGGGACCCGGAUCGAACAGGAAACUAGUAGAUUCUCAAACUCAGACCAUACGAGUUCUCACGAAAUCGCGGGGCACGUACCUUGGUAGAAGAAAACGCGUAAACAAGGGAAUGCUCGUAAAUAAUUGGGUCAUCCACGACACCUUCGCUGAACCUGAACUGAUGGUCGAAAGGGAUGGUCUGCUUAUCGUACAUACGAAAGAAUCCAUGGAACAAAUGUGGCGAGCAGAGGAGGUGAAGUCCAAGUUGCCAAAGACCGAAAUGCAGAAGGAAACCAGAUCUCCCGAAGAAGAGCUGGCGUAUAUAUUCCAGCACGUCAACUUCGUGAAUGCUCUGCGAGUAAUGGAGCGUAUAAUAGCGAACAAUAUUUACAUCCACACGCAGAAACGUUUCAUUGGACUGAUCAAGCAGGACCCCUGUAGCCUCGACCUAGAGUUCACGUAUAAACUGGAUCUUCUUUGGAUUCACACUGUAGCGAUGUCCAGCGGCAGACCAGUGUCUUCCUUCAGUUGGAGUUACGCCAAUAAGAACAUCCUGGCUGUGGGGUACGCGGCGCGAGCUAAUUCGGAAACAAAGGGCGGACUGGUGUUGAUUUGGAACGCCAAGAACCCCGAAUUACCGGGCCGUAGGUACCGUUUCGAUAGCCAGGUGUCUGCCCUCGAUUGGAGUCGCGAUAGACCGAAUUUGCUCGCCAUUGGCUUCUACGAUGGUCAGAUCAAGGUGAUCGACGUGAGCACCACUCACGUUAACGUGAUACGACAAAGCGAGAGGGUCACGUCUCCCUCCAGUUCACCGCAGUGGCAGGUUCAAUGGUGGGCCGGUGACGAGCAAUUCGACUACCAGGAACAGAUUUACACUUGCGAUCAGGACGGUCACAUCUUCUGUUAUCGAUACGUCGAGGAUUUCAUGUCAACGACGAUGAUGAAGAUAUUUAGGAUAGAAGGUACGCUACCCGGAGUUAGCAGAACCUCACACUGCAACGUUUACGACACAUCGAUCAAUCGAAGCCCUGGAACGCUGGUGCUCUGUAGACAUCCCACCUCGAGCACCAUCUACUUCGUUGGCUCGGACGAGGGUUGCGUUUACAAAUGCUCGACCAACUAUCUGUACCAGCACAUAGAGAGCUUCCUGGCUCACGACGGACCAAUGUAUUCCAUGCAGUUCUCACCGUUUUGUCCGAAAAUCUUUUUGACCUGCGGCGCCGACUGGUGCACGCGAAUCUGGGUCGAGGGACUCACGGAACCGUUGAUCACCUUGUCCACGACGAUGGCCUGCGUUCGAUACGCGGUAUGGUCUCCCACGCACUCCACGAUCAUCGCGAACAUCGUCAAUAACGAGAUUUGCAUUUGGGACAUUAAGAGAAAGACCUACGUGCCGUCGUCCGUGACGUUGUCGCCCAACAACGUCAGGUUCGUCAUGCUCGACUUCACGUCAGAUGGUAACCAACUCGUAGCGGCAGAUGUCGAAGGUGAGGUGUACAUUUACAACUUGGAGGGAAUGCCGUUUCCGCCGUACAAUCAGAAACAGGUGUUGAUCGAGUCAAUCGAGAAAGCCUUAGUCACGAAACCGGCUCUUCUAAGAAACUUAAAGAAACUCGUGCCGUCGUAUUCUUAA